GCUGCACAAUCGACGUCCAUGUUGUCACGCUCUGAUCGACCCCUGGUACCGUACACCAGAUCGGUAGCACACACUGCGCGGUUCGGCCGCUCACGCAAGAGACACAUCGCCCAGUGAAGCUGCUGUACACACACCACACCACACCACACCACACCUCCCGUCCCGCUGGCGCACACGCUCCUCACGUGCUCGCCCGCCCGCACCCGAAACGUCCCAAGGAAAAGAGGGAGAAAACCCACCGAAAAGUCUACCACCCACCUCCCCCUGCUCGCUCGGCUCACGCCCCCCAACACGCAACGCAACGACGCCCCUCACAAAAACGAACAGGGGGGGCCAAAAAGGAAAAAAAAUAAAGGAAAAGAACGCCGACGGGACAGGAAUGGGCAAGCAGCAGCAGGCGCCACCGUCGCGGCGGUCCCCGGCGAUGUCGGCGCCUCCGCCGCCGAAGCGCCGGAAGAAGAAGGGCCGGCCGUCCCUGCUCGACCUCCAGAAGCGGAGCCUCCGCCUCGAGCAGCAGCUCCAGGAGCAGCAGCAGCAGAAGAUAAAGCCGCAGGGGCGAGGACGCGCCAACCGCCGGGGCGCCGGCUCCGCGGACGAGGACGACGACGGGCCCGCCUCCGGCUCCGGCCGCCGCGAGAAGAAGCUGCGCCUCGUCAUGGGCCUCCACGACGGAUCAGCCAAGGGAGAAAAGACGAGGAAAGCGACGGAUGGGCGUGAAGAGCCGUCAGAUUCCGGGCCCACAACACCUUUGCCGAACAAAAAGUUGUUGAUCUUCAUCCUCGACAGGCUACAGAAGAAGGAUACGUAUGGUGUAUUUUCAGAGCCUGUUGAUCCUGAAGAGCUACCUGACUAUCAUGACAUUAUAAAGCAUCCAAUGGAUUUUUCGACAAUACGAAAGAAGCUCGAUAAGGGGGCCUAUUCCAACUUGGAGCAAUUUGAGGAUGAUGUGUUCCUGAUAAGCUCCAAUGCGAUGUGCUACAAUUCACCAGAUACAAUAUACUAUCGACAGGCACGGGGUAUUCAAGAGAUAGCGAAAAAGGAUUUUGAGAAUCUUAGGCAAGAUAGUGAUGCCAGUGAACCAGAACCGGAACCAGAACCCGAGCCGGAGCCAGAACUAGAAGAACCAAAGCCACAGCCUCGCAGGGGCAGACCUCCAAACAAGAACAAUGCCAAACAGAAAGUUGGGAAGCCACCAGCAGAACGUGCUACUGCAGAUUUCUCUGGUGCAACACUUGCUACUGCAGCAAAUAUUGGACGCCAUGCACAGGCAGAUUUUGAUCUGUCACGAAGAGUAAUAGAUAAAGCAAUGAUUGCAGAUGUGUUGAGAGCUUCUUUUGCCAAUCAAAGGAAUCAGCACAACUGGUCUGGCGAGCGGAAAUUCGAAAGAAUUGAAGAUUACUCAGGUUAUGGGGGUACAUGGUCCGCAAAAAUGGGAAAGAGGCCAAUUCUGAUGGAAGAUAGUCGCCGAAGCACAUAUUAUGACACUCAACCAUCCAGUUCAAUAUAUGAGCUGCCGGUAUCGUCCUCCUACAAUGGGACUAAGAAGCUGCUAGUACCAGUUGGGGUUCAGUUACAGCAGUCCUAUUCCCGCAGCCUGGCACGAUUUGCUGCACAACUUGGUCCUGUGGGCUGGGAAAUUGCAUCAAAACGAAUUGAACGAAGCCUUGCACCUGGAACAAAGUUUGGUCGUGGCUGGGUAGGAGAUGGUGAAACACCAAACUCAUUUCAGCCACCUGUACUAGCUGCAUUUUCAGAAACAAUGACACCACCAAGCAGUAUAGCAGCAUCAGGUGAGCAGCCAUCUAUGAACGCCCCCCCUGCCACAGGGGCCUGUGCUGGCAACGUAAGCCAUCCGGCGGGAUCUCAACCACAUGCUAUGCCAUAUGCUUCUACCAGCACAGCGCAGAGGAUGAAUUCUGAAGCAUUAGCAAGCCAGCAAUGUGGAUCAGUACCACAGAUUUCGAUAAACCGAGGUGAACGUGCUGUUGAGAUGAAGGGCACCCCUAAUAAUCUUCACGGACACCCGGGCAUGCAGCAAACUGUGAAUGGUUUCAAUGCCGUUCCAGGACCGAUGAUGUUCCCACCUGCCGCUCAACUGGUGGUGAAUCAGAUGCAGACACAUACGGCUGAUUGAGUAACAAGUAGAAAUUGAAUCUACAUUGUCAACAUGACAUUUGGAUUGUGCCCGCUUCCAGUCAGUCAGUCGCGGGCACCAAGCGACGAUGGUGGAUGGCCUUAGACCGCACCCUGCCAGUGGCUUGGCACCCACCAACCUCGACAUUGGGGGGGUUUGGUCGCUGUUGAUCCGUUGCGCCGUAACCCGGUGCUGCAACUGUGAGCCUGUUGUGUAAUUGCGUAAGUAGUAAUUAGGAUGAUAACGUGCAUAGAUGUGUCAGGGUUGAUGUUGUAACAGAGUUGAGUUGCAGUUUGGAGAUUUAGCGAUCCUGAAUGUGUAGUAGAAAAAACCACAGGGUAAACGAAACAUCUGUAUAGAUUAUUCAGGAGUUUUUUUUUUAGCGUUUUGGUGACUGGUCGCAGACGCAGAUGCGACCGAGCAUGAAA